UUUUCAGGUCUAAGAGUAAUGCUGGCUGGCUGACUUAGGUAACUGGCCUACUGCUCAGCACAGCUAAUUAAUACACAGUCACUAUUUUUCCUUCCACGCUAGAAUCAAUGCAAGGUUGAAAAAUACAUAUGGUUUACGUUUAUCUUUUCAGUCUGCUGUUAGGCCUUUUCUUUAUCUGCUGAUGAUAUUUGACUUGUCAAUUUUUUUUUAUUAUAAUGCCUCUGAGCAGGCCACUAUUAUUUUUUCCAUUUAGUGAAAGAAAAAAAAAAUGGAACCUUGUAUAAACUAUACAUACAACAUUAAAAUUCUAAAUUAGCUACUGCUCUAUAGCAGUAGCAGUUAGCAGUUAGCAGUGUUCACUAUGUCAUUACAUCAAUCCAAUUUUGUAAGAUUGAGGCAUGCAAUCAAGAUUUGUAAGUUAACUUAGCAAACUAACCAGAACAGCUCAAACUUCAAAAACACAUGUCUAACAACUAUAACCUCGAUCUUACAUAGUAAUUUUUUUUUCACAGUUGAGCUUAUUAACAUGCUUUCUGAGUAGCUUCUCAAUCUUCCUAGGCAUUGUUUCCUCUUUAUGUUUCUUCUUCAUGUUACAAUAAAUGUUUAUAUAUUAUCAUUCAAUGAAGGUGAUCAUAUCUGAGCAUAAAUGCUAUCUUCUCUGUUGUAUUUCCAAAUGGAAGGCUCAGAUUAGAGGGUGGUACAUUAGCUCCAUUGUUUCCCACAUCCCUUCCUAGCUGUAAAAAAGUUUGACCCAAGUUCUUCAUUAAUACCAUUAACUAACUCAUUAAAUUCUUUCGUACUGGUCUGGUAUCAGCCAAUAGGGAAGCUUUCUCUUUAACCCUCUUUAUGCUAAAAAUAAUAAACAAAAAAAGGCUUCCUGCCUCGGGAUUUCCAUUUCCUCACAAGGGAAUUUAAGUAUCAGAAGAUAACUUGUAUAUUUAUAUAUUAAAACAAAAAAAGGCUCUGCAGUCUAGGCAGUAGGCACCAAAGAUUUAUUCUGAUUCAGAGACUCAUAGGGUGUAGCAGGUUUCUCCCAGACCCCCCAAAAAGAGUGCUUCUGUUCUUGGACCAAAAGCAUCACCCUCACAUACUAGUAUACUAGUAUUCUCUUCUUCAUUUUCAUUCAAGACAGAGUGAAGAUAGGCUAUGUGGAAGGGCGAGAAUCCAAAUGGUAGAGAGGAUCACAGUAAACAGAUUGGUCACAAGAGUCUUGUCAAAUGAAACGAGGAAGCUUUAUUUUGAUAGGGAAGAAGAAUCAAUUGCUUGACAAGUAAACUCUAAAGUCUCUCUACUCAGUUCAAGUUAGCUCAAGCAUCAUCAUUCAACCAUACAAAUGAAGGGAAGGUUUGGUUUUCUCAUAAUAGCUCUGCAAAUGGUGUACUUGGUUGCUGCAACUAGCAGGACUUUUCCACCAACUGAUAGUAUUACUGUUGAUCAUGUUCAUCCAGCAGGUCCAGGCCAGAGCCUGCAGUCUAUGAAACCAACAUCAAAAGAGGUGAAGAACAGAAAGGAGGAGGCAAAUAUGAAUGAACCAGAAAAAUACAAAGGGGUAGGAAAAAUAGGUUCAAGUCCACCAAGCUGUGAGCACAAGUGUUAUGGAUGUGUUCCUUGUGAGGCCAUACAAGUUCCAACCACCAGCAGACAUAACCAUAUAGGGAUCCAAUAUGCGAAUUAUGAACCAGAGGAUUGGAAAUGCAAAUGUGGCUUAUCAUUGUAUAGCCCAUAAUGAACAAAAUUACUCUAAAACUACUAUGUUUUCCACCAUUGUAUUAUCAAAAUCAUCAACAAUCUCAUCUGUACAAAGAGUAUUAAAGUGAUUUUUAUUAUAUUAUUGAUGGAUCUCUUCUUGACC